AUGGAGCGUCAGCCGCAGAGCAGCCACGAUGCCUAUGACGUCACGGAUGCAGCCAUUGCCCGCUUCUUCAAGCUGGGGGUCGAAGAGGAGCGGGAAGAAGCGAAAGAGGUGAAGCCCGCGGAGAUGUCGCCUCCCGGAGAGGGGGGAGAGGAGCAGAAGGCUCAGUCCGAACCAGAGCAGGGAGCAGCCGCGGAAGGGAAAGAGGCGGGAGACGAAGGAGAAGGAAAGGAAGGCUGCGAGGUCAGCGUCGGAGCCGCCGGCCCCGCGGACGGCGAAAGCCGCGAGGCCGAGGCCGAGGCGGGCGGCGGCGAAGGCGGAGAGCAGGGCGGCGAGGAGCAGCCCCCGCGGGCCGCCGUCGAGGGUCCCGAGACCGCAGACGGGCAGCGGCGGGGCCCCCGCGCCAGGUUCACGCAGGUGCAGGUGCAGGACCUGGAGAGCGUUUUCCAGCACACUCAGUACCCCACCGCGCUCAUGCGAAAGGAGCUUGCAAGACGCCUGGGAGUGACUGAAGCCAGUGUGUGGGCUUGGUUUAAGAGGAAAAGGGCCAAGUGGAGGAGACAUCAGAGGGCACUAAUGUUCAGUAACGUGCCCCUCAUGCUCCCUGUUGUCGUCAGAUUCUGUGAGCCCUGCCCUGCCGUCUCGCGUCAGGAGCUGAAUUCGUCAUGCGAUCUUCUGGAGCCACUGCUGAUGGACCUGUCCCUGCUGCCCAGAUCGCCCGUGCCACCCAGGCCACCUGUGCCACCCAUGCUGCCCGUGCCGCCCGUGCCACCCGUGCUGCCCGAGGAUCCCAUGCCACCCAUGCAGCCUGUGGUGCCCAGGCCGCCCGUGCCACCCAUGCCGCCCAUGCAGCUCAUGUGGCCCGUGCACCCCAUGCCACCAAUGCCGCCCGUGCCGCCCAUGCUUCCCGAGCCGCCCCUGUGGCACGUGCAACCCAUGCCACACAUGAUGCCCAGGCAGCCCUUUCCUCCAAUGCUGUUGCCUUCUCCACCCAGGCUUCUUCCACACUUGCUUCCCUGUAGGUGCCCUCAUGCGGCAUGGCCUGGUCCCUAACCAUCAGCGAUCCUACGGUAGCCCUAGUUUCCUCUUAAAUGGUGUCCAUGACAGUUUUUUUCAAAGGUCCUUUGAGCCAGUUUCAAAUUCUGCAUACCUCACCACCAAGAACAGUUCCCCAAAUGCCUGCAAAGUAUAUUAAAUAGAAGUAGAGGCCUUGACCCACUGUUUUAGGGCAUGUUUUGUAUUUUCAAUAAAGUUGUGAGUCCUCUGCA